GUACACUGGCGCUAUGUUUACAGGCAAUCCAAAGGUUAUGUCUGAUCUCGCGAUUAUUUGUAUAACCGAUUUAAAUAGCUGCGUGAGCGCGAUAAUUGUUCAUUUGACAUUUACUCCCAGUCUCGGAUCUUUUCUGUACGACCUGGCAACGAAGCUAGCAAUUGCUCAGAAAUGGAUAUUCUGACUGUUUUGCCCUCCGAUUUUGGAUAUGUCAUAUUCAUUUACCUUUACAGUUGGAUAAUGCUGGCUUAUCUAGCUGUCAAAGUUGGAGCUGCCAGGAAGAAGUAUGGCGUUAAGUAUCCAACAAUGUACAGUGACAAGGAGCACGUUUUCAACUGCAUCCAGAGAGCCCAUCAGAACACUCUUGAGGUGUAUCCUCAGUGGCUUGUUUUCCAGACCAUCGCAGCCCUCGUCUAUCCGUUAUCAGCGUCAGUACUAGGAGCCAUUUGGGUGACCAGUCGGUUUUCCUAUGCCUGGGGUUAUUAUACUGGAGGUAAGACUGACAUUUGUUCUAUAAAAUAGGGAUCAAACACCUCA